CCGAUUUUGAUAACAACCGAUAACAAUCCUCAGACUUCGAAGUUCGAGUAACCGUUGGAACUCUGUACAUCGCAUUGUUUUACACUUUUACCUUUAUUCCUGUGAAUUGUGAUACUAUCUUACUGUCUUAGUCUAGCUUUAGUUUUACUCUUUUAUUGUCUUGUGUUAUUUAGUGAUUACUCAUUACUAUCUGCUCUCUUGUACUUAGUAAUUACUGACUUGUAUGUAGUUCAUGAAUUGAUAUUGGUCGUGUUAAUUGCCACUUCACCAGAAACAUGCUGUCAGUAGUUAGUUCAUUUGAAACCCAUAACAAGAGGCAAAUUAUUUCAUCAGACAUUGAUUAUUAUAAUAAAUAUGUGUGUACUAGUUCUGCUGAUGGUGUUAUUCAAAUUUAUGAGAGUGACAAACCAGACAUGUAUUCAACAAUACAAUUACAAGAACAUGUUGGUCCUGUAUGGCAAGUUAUGUUUUCACAUCCAAAAUUUGGUUUUUUAGCUUCAUGUGGAUCAGAUUGUAAAUUAAUUGUACGUAAAACUAAUGAUAAUGGCGAGUGGAAAAUUGUUUAUCAAUAUGAAGGACAUAAAUCAUCAACAACUUCUAUAGAUUGGGCGCCGUAUAAAUCUGGAGCAAUCAUAGCUUGUUCAAGUGCGGAUGGUACUAUUUCAAUACAUACUCUAAAUAUUAAUGAAUGGUCAGUAUCAAAGAUCCCUAAUGCUCAUUUAAAUGGUGUUAAUUGUAUCAGUUGGUCAAAUCAAUUGUUAAAUAAUCAUUUGCUAUUAGUUAGUGGAGGAAAUGAUAAUAAGAUCAAAAUAUGGAAAGGUCAAUUAGGUAUGUGGAACAUUAUGUAUGAAUCAGACAAUCAAUUAAAUACUAUCAAAGACAUAAGUUGGAAUCCAACUUCUGGUCUGUACAAAUAUACAUUUGCUAGCUGUGCGUCAAAUGGUCGAGUGUUUAUAUGGGGAAGUGAUGAUUGUUGUGAUUGGGUACAAACAGAGAUUGACUCUGAAAACAAACAAAAACAAAAAGUUAGUUUUUCUCGUUUUGGAACUGUGUUGUCUGUUACAAUGAACAAUUAUGCUGUAAAAUUUUGGAAACAGAUUGAUAAACAAACUUGGAUGUGUAUGGAGAGGAACAUUACAAACAAAAAAAUUUUUGAUUGUCAAGACAAAAAUUUUAAUCAAGAUAUAUUUGCUGCUAUUGCUUAAUGGAUGUUAUUUUGAAUAAAUUAAUUUUUGUUUGAAAAUCAGUUCAAUUUCAAUAUAAUUUUGAACCAUUUGACUGAC